CUGGUUUGCUGGAGCUACUUUUUCAUAAAACAACAGUGCUGUUGAAGCAAGCUUAAUCAUAUUCAUGACUUGCUAAAGUAUAUUAGAAGUUCACAACCUCAUUGUGCUGAGGCCUAGGUAGCAUGUGAUAGGUUUCUUGGUUUCUACUUUCUUGUCCCCAAUGCUUGUGCUUAAAAGUAAUCAUGCUAAUCUUGUCUCUUUCUCAUCUAAUGCUUAACGUUCCUUUCCUGAAAUCAAAUGUACAUGGCAAAGGAUCGAAGUUCUAUAUUCAGUUUUCAAUAUUUCUGUUACGUUGUGAUAAUCCUUUCCAUAUGCUCUAUCAUCUUAUCUCUGUCUUGGAGCCACUGUUGCAGCCAGUGUCAUUCAUCAUACCAAGCACUUGUACAAAAGCAAAACGUACCAAUCAACCUCCUUUCAUAUCCCUUUGCAUGGAACCAUCUUGUGUUCUCCUCAGAGCCACCUUCAAAGCUUCUUAAGAUAGCCCUUUUUGUCAGGAAAUGGCCACACAAGUCUCGUGCAGGUGGGCUUGAACGCCACGCCCUCACACUCCAUCUUGCCCUUGCUAAAAGAGGACAUGAUCUUCACGUAUUCACCACUUACACAGACUCUUCUUCGACCAACUAUUCCUUCAACAACUUACACUUUCACUUCUCCAAACCAUCACCUGCUGGUUACCUCGACCAAGCUUCAGUUUGGGAGCAGUUUCAAGCACAAAACUCAUCUGGUAAACCAUUUGACGUUGUUCACACGGAGAGUGUUGGACUUAGGCACACAAGAUCUCGAUAUGUUAGUAAUUUGGCCGUCACUUGGCAUGGGAUUGCAUACGAGACAUUUCAUUCUGAUAUCAUUCAAGAACUCCUUAGAACACCCCAGGAACCUCAGACAAAGGCUUUGACUGAAAGACCUGUAAAGGUUGUUGAAGAGGUCAAGUUCUUCCCAAAUUAUGCUCAUCACGUUGCCACCAGUGAUCAUGCAGGUGAUAUCCUAAAGAGGGUCUACAUGAUUCCGGAAGAAAGGGUCCAUAUUAUUCUAAAUGGUGUGGACCAACAGGUUUUCAGAUCAGAUGUUUCAAAGGGAAAUGAAUUCAAGAAGAGGCACGGAAUUCCGGGUUCAAAGUCAUUAGUGAUAGGACUGGCUGGGAGGUUAGUCAAGGACAAGGGGCAUCCUUUGAUGUUUGAAGCUUUGAAGCAGAUAAUUGCAGAAAACAGCAGUUUCCAAGAGAGUAGCAUGGUUGUGGUUGCAGGAGAUGGUCCUUGGGGUGCAAGAUACAGAGAUCUUGGGGCAAAUAUGCUGGUUCUGGGACCCUUGGAACAAGCUGAAUUGGCAUGUUUCUAUAAUGCUAUUGACAUUUUUGUAAACCCCACUUUAAGAGCACAAGGUUUGGAUCACACUUUGCUAGAAGCCAUGCUAAGUGGGAAGCCAGUGAUGGCUACUAGGCUUGCAAGCAUUGCAGGGUCUGUAAUUGUAGGCAACGAAAUGGGUUACACAUUUUCACCAACGGUGAGUGAUCUGAAGAAGGCUAUAUACGAGUUAUGGAUUAGUGGAAGAGAUGUUCUGAACAGGAAAGGUCAGGUUGCCAUGCAAAGAGGUUUGCAACUGUUCACUGCCACAAAGAUGGUGGCUGCUUAUGAGAGACUUUUUCUUUGCAUAUCAGGUUCAAUGCAUGAGAACCAUUUCUGUGAAUACCAACCAUGAGGUUAGUAAAUUAGUAUCAGAAUGUUGCUACUGAUGAGUGUUUUUGAGAAGUCAAACAAAUUAAUCAUUAACUAUACUAAGCUACCACCGUCCUCGCACAUGCUUACAUGAUAUCUUAAUUCUUAAGGAAGUUUCAUAGUUAAGCCUAGGCGACAAGCUUUUCCUUAGGUCACAAGCAACUACAACAACGAAAGUCUACUACCUUUCGUAAUGCUGAUCCUUGCACGUUACCACAACUUUUGAAACA